AUGGAGCGGUCUUAUGGUUUUAACCUGCUUCAAUUAUGCAAAGCUUUUGUGAUGUUUUAUAAAGCAGAAGAUGAAAAUUCGCAGUGGACCAAUAAUUGUCUCACUGAUCUAACUUUGGGAAUUGCUAUUUACACUUCCCUCUUCCUUAUGCACACCAAUUCUCUUUUUCCUUAA